UAGGAUGCAGCCGCUAAUACCAGCUGAGAAGCGUAUAAAGGUAGCGGACACACUCCGGCUACUAUUUCACUACUGUAACAUAGUAAACCUGACACUGGGACUAAUAGUGUUCGGGGUGGGGGUGUCACUAGUUCUCUCCCCUCUACCUCUCCCUGCUGGCAAAGAUAUCUCUGUAAUCUACGGAACUUUACUGAUAUCAGCAGUUAUAGUGAUACUAGUGGGCAUGCUGGGUAUUCACGGCUGCUACUGGGUUCAAGAAAACAGACUGAAACUCUACGCUGUCUCCACGAUAGCAGCUAUUGUGUUAGAAGCAGGGCUCGGAUCCAUGGCCAUUAUAAAGGAGCAGUCCAUCAUGGACCACAUAGACUCGACCCUGGAGAACUUCAGAAGCAUGAACAGUAACCAUAGUAACAUGCCUUUACGGGAGUACAGACAGUCUCAGUACGAUACUAACGCUACCUACAAGAACAUUGUGGAUAACGUGCACACAGAGCUAUCCUGCUGCUCCUUUAUAAAUAUUAGCAAUAACAUCAGCUCCUGUCACCACCGUAUCAGUGGUACACCUCUACCAGGCUGUGUGGAAACCUUCAGGGACUUUAUCAAUAUCAAGCUAACUUACAUACGGUGUUUAGCAUUCAUGUUGGUUCCUAUCCAGUUGUUCUGUUUAGGGUUUGAUCUGAUGGUUCUGAAGACACUGCAGGUUACUAAGGAGUACGAUAAGUUGGAGAGGGAACUGAGUAAUAGAAAGAGGGAGAAGAGGAACAGUAUGGGGUACACUACUAUUGGGGAUGUGGAGAACAUUAACCUACAGGCUGCGUACAAUAGAGUGGUGUAACCAUGGUUACGUCUGGUAACUACUGGUUACUAGUCUGGUAGCUACUAGCAACAGAAAGAGAGAGAGAAGAGGAACAGUAAUAGUGUUGUGGACUAUGAAGAACAUCAAUCUACACACUACAUACGAUACAAUUACUGGUAAAGCAUUCUGGUAGCGAGUUUAGUUGCCAUGGCAUUAGAGUUGCAAUGUUUAAGAAUUGCCCAAUAUGAACACUCCUAUCUCCACAUGGCUAUCUACAACUAACUCUAACCUUGUAUGUAACUACUCCAGGAGGAGCUAUGUAAAGAGUACAGCAAGAUAGGGAUUGGGACAGAACAGUGAACAGUUGGACCUUGCUACGACUUUUAAAGUUACUACAGCGUGAUUUCGUGACUGUGAUCUUGAAUCCCGAGACCUGACUCCUGACGGAACGAUUAGGUUUAAUGAGAACAAUUUACCACGACUGAUCAAUUUUAAGUCUGUGCAUAAUAUUACAGUCUACUCGAGAGAUUGGAGAUAUAUACAUGAUCAUGAAGCCAUGACAUUAUAGCUGCAGUAACAGUGAUCCUAGAAGUGCAAACCAAUGAAUGAGAGAUGGGGAGAUUAUUAUGGUGAUCUCUACUCUGGUUGUGUGACCAUGGUUACUCUGGUUGUGUGACCAUGGUUACUCUGGUUGUGUGACCAUGGUUACUCUGGCUGUGUGACCAUGGUUACUCUGGCUGUGUGACCAUGGUUACUCUGGCUGUGUGACCAUGGUUACUCUGGUUGUGUGACCAUGGUUACACUGGUUGUGUGACCAUGGUUACACUGGUUGUGUGACCAUGGUUACUCUGGUUGUGUGACCAUGGUUACUCUGGUUGUGUGACCAUGGUUACUCUGGCUGUGUGACCAUGGUUACUCUGGUUGUGUGACCAUGGUUACUCUGGCUGUGUGACCAUGGUUACUCUGCCUGUGUGACCAUGGUUACUCUGACUGUGUUACCAUGGUUACUCUGGCUGUGUGACCAUGGUUACCCUGGCUGUGUGACCAUGGUUACUCUGGUUGUGUGACCAUGGUUACUCUGGUUGUGUGACCAUGGUUACUCUGACUGUGUUACCAUGGUUACACUGGUUGUGUGACCAUGGUUAAUCUGACUGUGUUACCAUGGUUACUCUGACUGUGUGACCAUGGUUACUCUGGCUGUGUGACCAUGGUUACUCUGGUUGUGUGACCAUGGUUACUCUGGCUGUGUUACCAUGGGUACUCUGGCUGUGUUACCAUGGUUACUCUGACUGUGUUACCAUGGUUACUCUGACUGUGUUACCAUGGUUACUCUGACUGUGUGACCAUGGUUACUCUGACUGUGUGACCAUGGUUACCAGAGUCUCUGGCUGGAUAUUUAUUUUUUAAAGCUCCAUGUAUAACUAAACCAACUUUUCUUAAAGCCUAAGUAUUUAUUAUUUUGAGAGUUUGCGAGAUAACCGUUAGCAUACGAAUUUAAUAAUGUUGUGCUUGCUGGAGUUUCAAUAACCAUGGUAAUUUGCGAAGUUUUAAAAUUUUUCUGCGUUUUGAUUUGUGCAUUUUCUUUCCAACUAGUUUAUACAUGAUCGUGUGAGA